AUGAGGACGAACUUGCUCUCGUGCGAACGCUCUACAACGUUACUUCAUCUAAAAUCUUCACCACUUCUUCGCAGAUUUCGACACUUGAAAUUGAAACCUCACCGUUCACGAAUUCGUUGUUUGCUUGACCAAAUCGCUAUUCAAUCGUCGGAGAAUGUUAUCGCCGCUGCCGCCAAGGCCGCCUCAGCUCACGGCGCCGUUUAUUCCGCUAUCAAUCAGGUCGCCGUCACUGCCGUCGCUAUUGCUUCCGGUGCUUGUCUUUCUACUAAGGUUGAUUUCCUGUGGCCAAAACCCGAUCAACAACCAGGCACCAUGAUGCAGGAUGGAGUAGAUGUUGCUGGCUAUCCUAUAUUUAAUGAUGCAAAGGUACAGAAGGCUAUAGCUUUUGCAAGGAAGGCACACGGUGGCCAAAUGCGGAAGACAGGAGAUCCUUAUUUAAUACAUUGUAUUCAUACAGGAAGAAUUUUGGCUGCGUUGGUUCCAUCAAGUGGUAAACGAGCUGUUGAAACAAUUGUGGCUGGUAUUUUACAUGACGUAGUUGAUGACACUUGCCAAAGUCUACAUGACAUUGAGACAGAGUUUGGGGAUGAUGUGGCCGAGUUGGUAGCCAGUGUUUCUAAGCUGAGUUAUAUAAAUCAGCUGUUACGCAGACAUCGAAGGGUAAAUGUGAACCAGGGUGUCCUCGGCCAAGAAGAGGCAAGUAAUUUACGGGUCAUGCUUUUGGGAAUGAUUGAUGAUCCACGUGCUGUGCUCAUCAAGCUUGCUGAUCGUCUUCACAACAUGAGAACAAUGUACCAUUAUGCUCUGCCAUUACAUAAGGCUCAAGCUGUCGCAGAGGAGACAUUAAUUAUUUGGUGUUCACUUGCUUCAAGAUUGGGUCUGUGGGCAUUAAAAGCUGAACUUGAAGAUCUAUGCUUUGCUGUUCUACAGCCUCAAAUAUUUCAAAACAUGCGAGCAGAUCUGGCUUCCAUGUGGAGCCCUUCGGCUAGAACAGGAAGCUCGAGAAGAUUAUAUGUGAAAGGAAACUUGAUACCAUUGGAUGAGAAAAUUUCAACUUCUUUCAACAAUAAAUCUUUGACAUUCAAUGAGGGUGUCUAUAGCAUGAAGGAUCUGUUGGAAGCUGUAGUCCCAUUUGAUGUACUGUUGGAUCGGAGAAAACGAGCAAACUUUCUCUAUAGUAUUGCUAAUAAUCUGGAAACAUGCACAAUACCGAAGGUUGUCCAGGAUGCUGGAUUAGCUUUGGCAUCAUUGGUAAUUUGUGAGGAAGCCCUUGAGCGAGAAUUGGUUAUGUCGGCUUCUUAUGUUCCAGGAAUGGAAGUUACAUUAUCAAGCCGACUAAAAAGCCUGUAUAGUAUAUACAGUAAGAUGAAACGAAAGGAUACAAGCAUCGGAAAAGUAUAUGAUGCACGUGCAUUAAGAGUAGUUGUAGGAGACAAAAAUGGAACUUUACACGGACCUGCAGUCCAGUGUUGCUAUAAUCUUCUUGACAUUGUACACAGGCUUUGGACACCGAUAGAUGGUGAAUUUGAUGACUACAUCCUUAAUCCCAAGCCCAGUGGCUAUCAGUCCUUGCACACUGCAGUGGAAGGUCCUGACAACUCACCUUUAGAAGUGCAAAUAAGAACACAGAGGAUGCAUGAGUAUGCUGAACAUGGACUUGCUGCACAUUGGCUUUAUAAAGAAAAUGGAAAUCCUUUUUCAUCCGUAGAUGGAAUGGAUACACCUGUAACAGAUGCAUCCUCCUAUUUUAGCAAAGGUAUAGAAGAGGAAAAUUCUUCAGAUAUUUUAUUGAGCGAGUACAAGUCACUGAAGGCUGGACAUCCAGUCCUUAGAGUAGAAGGAAGUCACCUACUUGCUGCUGUUAUCAUCGGUGUAGAAAAUGAAGAAAGAGAAUUGUUAGUUGCUGUAAGCUUUGGGCUAGCAGCAUCUGAAGCUGUAGCUGACAGAAGAUCCUUUUUCCAGAAUAAGCGAUGGGAAGCUUAUGCACAGCUAUACAAAAAGGUGUCUGAUGAAUGGUGGUUUGAACCAGGACAUGGGGAUUGGUGUACUUGUCUAGAAAAGUACACACUAUGUCAAGAUGGUAUGUAUCACAAGCAAGACCAAUUUGGGCGCCUGCUGCCAACAUUCGUUCAGCUUAUCAAUUUUACCGAGCAAGAAGAAUCUGAAUACUGGGCUGUUGUAUCUGCUGUUUUUGAGGGCAAGCAAGUGGAUAGUAUUGCAUCCCAGUCAAAAUUUGACUUGAUUCCAUCAACUUCUGUAGAAGCUAACAUCAAUAAUAAGGUACAUCUUUUGAGAACAAUGCUUUCCUGGGAAGAGCAACUGCGGUCUGAAGUUAGUAUCAGCCAAGCAAAGCAUGAUGCAAAGUUUGAUGAUGCUCGGAGUCCUCUUAACCUUGGUGAAGUGUUAAUUAUAUGUUGGCCUCAUGGUGAAAUUAUGAGGUUAAAAGCUGGUAGCAGUGCUGUUGAUGCUGCACAAAGAACUGGUUUGGAAGGGAAGCUAGUUUUGAUUAAUGGACAUUUAGUAUUACCUAAUACGAAACUCAAAGAUGGCGAUGUUCUUGAAGUAAGAAUCUAA